UCACACACAAUGGUGGUGUUUGCUGGCUUGUGACGCGACGACGUCUCGGCAAAACGACGAGUGAUCGUAGUAACGCACCAGCUGUCGGUCGUGCCCGCCGCUUUUGCCAAGGGUUUUUGUUAGUACGAAACAAAACGCGCUACCGCGCGGACGUAUUUGUAGCGUUUUGGUUCCUGUGGUGUGCGGUUUCCCAGACAGCUAGCUGUCGUCGGUGUUUGUUGAUUGUUUUCGCAGUUUUUUUUGAUUAUCAUCAGAAUUCUGUAGUAACACAGUGGUGCACAGUGAAACACUCUCAUCCACAUACACCCCGUGCAUUAUUCGAUCAGUGCAAGCGCAACGGCAGGAAUCGACGUGGAGAUUUGCAACGUCGUACGCGCGAGUGCAUCCGAACCGAACCGAAGAGCGUGUGUGUGUGUGUUGGUGUGUGCGUGUGUGUGAUUAUAUCCGUGAGGGUUCUCCGGAGUGACCGGCCACCCGGCAAGGAGCACUCAACCCGAGACGGCUGGGGUCGAAAAUGAGCAGCAUUAGGAGUAGUGCUUAAUGAAGCAUACAUUAACAGCAUCGACCACUUUCUUCUUUCACGACGAGUCGAAGAAACGCCCAAAGUAGCACUGCUGCCGCUGCUGUACCGUACAAGCAUAAGCAAAAAAAAAAACACCGCCGGAAAGAAAACUCAAUUUCUGCCUGUACCACAACCAUUUUGUAGUGAUAGUGAGAAUGGUACAGGUAGUACGGUUUCAAGUAGUUUCGCAACUUGCUUAUGAUGCGCCGUACCAUGCGGCUACGUCCCAGCGGCAGUGAAACUGUGACCAUGUGAACGACAGCUGUGCGCCCGGGCUAGCAAUGGUUUUCAUCGGGGAAGGCGUUCGUGUACGGAAAAGACAUCAACCAUAAUCGACGUAAUAGCACGAAUGCCCCAACAGCAAGAGCGUUGAGAAGGUAAAGUGAAGCAAUAAGAAAGCGAAUGCUCAGCAAAACUAAAAGAAACAAAAUCGUAUGAACAACAUUCACACAACGUGCGAGUAGGCCGCACAGCGUUCCCCUUUCUAAAAUUCAAUCCUGACCAUUUCAAGAGCAACGAACUGAGAAGCCUUCUGGGCUGGGUGUGAUAGGGUCGUGAUUUCGAUAGAAGAAGAAACGCUAAAAAUAAACAGUGCUCGUGACAAGUGUAAGCGUAUGAACGGCUCUGAGUUGGAUCACCGUUGGACAUUGGAAAGCACCAGUCGGUACUGGAAUCGUUCGCCAUGCUCCGUCGGGGCCAGGAAUGUACGUAAUAUUUCCGGCGGAUGAACUCAUAUUGUUGACAUACGGAAUCGCCGUACCGAGAGUACCGCCCAGACCAACUCUGGACAACCUGCGGGAGCCGCUUGUGCCCACAGGCAGUAGGCCUACAUCCACCACCACCACCACCACCAAGCCCAACACCUCCAAAACCACCACCACCGUCACUACCUCUUCCACAUCCAACACAACCUCAUCCAAACACGCAUCCACCAAAUCGACCAAAAGCAACGCAAGCAAAGCGAACGCACAAUCGACGAAAAAGGGCAACGAUACGACAAAACCGAUCUCCUCAACAGUGUCCACAGCCGGCCAGCGCCAGGAGUCGGGCGAAUCGUACGAAUUGGACGACCCGUGCGGUACGGCAGACCUUGCAGACGCGAGCGAGCUGGCCACCUUUAUCGAUGAUGUUAGCCCGCGUAACGGCAUCCCUGCGACGGUGGCCGCACGUGGUCCGGCCGGUACCGCAUCGCCCAAGGGUGGCCUAAAGGAGCCGGGUGCGCCGGGCGCAAAGUCCAAAUCGAAGCUGCAGCUUAAGCUCGGCCGUCUGCGACCACAUUCCUCGAUCGAGCAGAACGAAACGGCUUCGCGCGUACGCGAAGAUCUGCACAUCCAUGUCUCGAAUCCGGUCUUUACGCGGGACAAUCUGCGCCAGCGCAACUUCGAUGCGUUCUUCGAAUCGGGCGAACAGGUGUACUCGCUGGAGGUGCGCGAAAAGCCCACCGCCCGUACGCUCGAUGCGCUCGGUUCGAGCGGUUCCGAUCCUGGGUUGGCCGAUGCAGAAACUGGGCUGCGGAUCACCAGCACCGGGUACGACCAGCGGCCCAGCUCGCUAGGGUUCUUCCGGAAGCCCAAGUCACCGCUAAGCAUACGUUCCAAGAGUGCCGAACAUGAGUUUGCCGACCUCGAGACGUCCCAGAAAGAAUCAUCAAAAAGCCAUCGACAUAACAUAUUUAGCAAGCGUGGAGCGACGCCGAGUGCGGGCCCCGCGUUCCAGGCACUCGGAGGCAGCAUGUCCACCACCGGUGGUGGCGGAGUGCUCAAGGAUCUGGGCCACCCCGGCCUAAACGAAGCGCUCAAGUCACACAACAGUGUAACGUUUAAGCUAGUCAAAACAGUUUCGGAUUUCAGCGAAACCUUGGCGCAGCUCUACGAGCAGCAUGCCGAGGCACUGCAAGUGUUGGUUUCGAACUACCGCAAACGGAACAGCGAACUGCGAAAGGAACGACCGGCCUGUCAGUCGAACCUGUUCGCGGCAUGGGAAACGUUGCUGCAGGAAAUCGAAGCGGACUCGCAGGCAACAAUCGACGUAGCCAGCACACUCUCCAGACAGGUCGCUCGUCCACUGCUGGAGCGUUCGUUCUAUCGGAAGGUCCAAAGUAGGAAAGUAUUUACACACCGGGAGUCGUUCGAUACAAUCAUUUCCAAGACUGAAGAGAAACUAUCCAAGUGCCGAAUCGAAUACAAACAAUGCUACAUCGCUCACCGUCAGAGCCCGACCCAGCACACGCUGACGCAGUACAUCGACUCGCACAAUGCGUACGUGCAGCAGCUGCACGCUACCAAUGCCAUGCUCGAGGCGUAUCACUGCGAUACGCUGCCGCAGCUGAUGCAGGAGCUGGAGGAGAUCUACAACGAUCUGUGCAAUAUCGUGUCGGAAGCUGUGCUGCAGGGUGCCGAAGCCAUCGCUGCCAAGGCAGCCGAACAGGCGAAACGCUACGAUGGAUUGGCCGUGCAGUGCAAGAACGUUUCACCGGCACUCGAUCUUGGGUACUUCGUGCGCACACUUCCGGUACCGCAAACCAUGCAGCGGAUUCCACGCAAAGCAUUUGCACCGCCGCAGUCUGCAAAUGCAGCGAACGAAGCGGAAGAUAUGCCGGACUAUGGUGGGGAUCCGAUGCUGCCAGUGUUCAAGGAUGAGCUUGUCGUCGACAAAGGUGCAACGAUACAAGUGCGCCCCUCGCUGGAAGCGUUGAGACGCGAGUCACAGGAAUUAGAAAUUCAAAUCAAACAACUACAGGAUUCUGUAGACGCUUUAGUUCGUACACAGAUCAGAGGCAUCGAGGGCCAGCUGUACAGUAAAGCGAACGAGAUUCAGGAGGAUAUCUCGAUGAAAAAAUUCGACGUACGCGCGAAACAGAUCCAUCUCGCUGCAGUUCGUGCCCAGAAAGAGUUAUUUUUGGGUAGAAUAGAUCCUGGUUCACCUCGCGGUGAACGUAAAAUGUCUUCUUCUAGCUCUUCCUCAAUGAAGACUAAGUGGCUAAAAGCGUUCCGUAGCCUGAAACCGGCAGGUUCGGCGAACGAUAGUACCAAAUCCAAUCAAAUGUACCACGCAGUGUCAACGGUGUUGACUAUGAGGAAGAGCGGUAAUGGAGCACAAAUCCGCUUCGAUGGCACCGAUAAUCACAAUCUGCAGGAGUACACCUACAAAAAGAUCACACCGUGCGACGUCUGCUCGCAAGUACUACGAGGACACACCCGACAGGGGCUACGCUGCCGUAUCUGCAAGGUGAACGUGCAUGCCGACUGUGCGUCACAGCUGCCAAAGUGUCAGGUGAAGCAGAAGCUGCUCCGCCGCCAGAAGAGCACCUCGGAAAUUGAGAACCGUGCCACCGAAGUAGAGGAAGAAAAACCAACCGAUGUCGAUCAGAUAUAUCAGGUCCUUAAGCAGGCGGGCGAAAUUUCCAGCGGCAAAAUUGUUGUCGAUCCGUCAAAGGAGCGCCCAGGAGCGACCGGGACGGCUGCCGGACACAACCUAACCGUCUCGAACCCUCCGCUAGACAUUCCCGUAGUGAAAGUGCCUGAGUAUCCGGACCGAGCGCCAUGGCGGGGACCAGUCAAAUCUCAGGGGCCAAAUUAUCCACACCAGAAACAGGGACUGACUGCGCCCGUUGCAACGGACAUGUCAUGCUCAGCACCGCAUUCACCACGACGCCAAAAGCUGAACCUUAGAAUGAAAUCACUCAGCUUGGACUCACCAGAAUCGUCCGAAUUGCAUGGGCAAAUACGGCGGCGACUCCCGGGACCGACCGGUCACGGUGGCCACGGAGGUUCUGGUGGUCACUUAGAACACAGCACGCCGCCAUCUAACAAUAGUAGGUUACACUCACCUUCCAGCCCGUCCGGUACGCAGAGAAAAUUCCUGUACGCUACGCGUGGCAUGAAGACCGGUUCCGUCGAUCUGCCGGAUGAAAUCGAAAAAAGCCUCUCGUCGGCCAGCACCUCGCCCUGCCCUUCACCGAAAUCCCAUCGUCUUCUACCAACAAACCUAUAUGUUGUACUGUACAACUUCAAGUCCCGUCAUCAGGAUGAACUGGAUCUUAAAGCUGGCUACAAGGUCACUGUGAUCGAUACGUCCGAUCCCGACUGGUGGAAGGGAAAGUGUCUCGGGAAGGUCGGGUACUUUCCCUCGAAAUAUUGUGCGAAGCUGGCAGCUUCGGAAAAACCACUCCAGGUCACACACAAUCUACAGGUAACAGAUAAUGAGCGAGGAGACGGCACGUUAACAUUACUUCGCGAUCAGAUUGUUAUACAGGUGGGCGAAGAGGUAAAUGGCAUGGUUAUGGUGCGUUCGGCAGAUAACCGACAGGGCGUAUGUCCGGUCAAGUACUUACAGGAGGUCUGACAACCGGAAGAGGAAAAACUCGACCGGGAUCGUGAUAAAGACCACAGACAACAUACAGGUACUACCGGUAAGGGUGCGAGUGUGUCGACGAAGGCAAGCAGAAAGGAGCAAGCGACGGGCGGGCAACGACACGACGGUCGGCCAGACCAGAAAGACCAAUGCCAUGCGGGCGGACAUCACUACCACCGGGAGAGUCGCAACAACUUCCACAAAUCCUACGACCGUAGCUGGGAAAAGUGGGAAAAGUUCCGCGAGAAGAAGAUGGAAAUGAUGAAGGCUCACAAGUAUAAUGUGGAGCACAGGCUGAAGUACGACAACCAGGAGCGCAUUCUCUACCGACAUCAUUUCAAUUACUAUCCGGUGAAGCGGCCCCGUCCACGAAAAACCUCCCUCGAGCCUAACUGGUACACGGAGAACAUUUACUCGAACCAAUCGAUCGACAAUUCGGACGGAGAGCUGGGCGUGGGUUUCCAGCGGCCACAUUUGACCGGUACGGUUGGCGCGGCUGGUGGGCGGGACAUAAACGGUAACAUGAGCAUGGCUGGACUGGAGGAUGACGGGAUCUUCACCAUCGACGGGCACUUCGAGCGUCGGCACAACUAUCCAAAAUCGAACAGCUGUUGCUUCGGUGUGAACCGCAUGCGGGACAUUGACGAGCUGGGCGAUGGGUUGGAGCGAGAUGGCUGGACGGAGCGUUACCCAAAGAUACCGAAAUCCUACUCCUUCAGCACAUCGCGCAGCAUGGGCGUUGGGUUCAAUAUGGCGAAACUGUACAACCGCAACAGCUUCGAAAUGCCCGAAUUUCCGAGUCAUCGCCGUCGGGCACACCCGGACGGUGGUAGAGCGGUCGUGCGGUUGUGUGAUCGGGAAGGUUGCUUUAACGAGACGUGCUUCAGCAAGGAUGAGAAGAACUUUUACAAUAACAAUAAUCUACACAACAAUAACGUAAUUAAUAACAAUAACAACAUACACAGCACCAACAACAACAACAACAACAACACUUAUCGUCAUAACAAUAGCAACAUCAUUAGCGAAUGGAAUCUGCGGAAUCGAAACAAUCUGCGGGCCGGUGUUGGAGGUGUGGGUGAUGCUAUUGCACCACGGCCACAGUACGUCAUGGAGGAGGACUUUGAUCUGUUCGACGAGGAUGAGGAUGAUGGUGAGGAUGAGGACGCCACCGAUCGGGAAGAGCAGGAAGAGAUGGAAAGUGAUCUGAACACGCUGUAUGCCGAGGAUCGACAUUCGAUCGCGUGCGGUGAUUAUGGUGGCGUAGCACGGGAGUUGUACGGACAUCCGUCACGUGCGGGGGCAGGUCAUGUAGCGGAUUUGUAUCGUGGCCAACGGGCGAAACAGUCGUUGCGUGGACGGCUCGAUCGGAUGUCGAAGUAUGCGGACGGUGAGUACACCGACAACUAUCGACGAUCGUUUGAGGAUUUCUUCAACCAGAACUGCUGCAUUGAGCGUAACCAUCGGCAGCUGCAAGAUGCUGGCCGGUUUCUGCUGAAAGCACCAGUGACACCACCGAAAAACAAAAGUAUGCUGGAAGUUAAGCCACCGAACCGUUUCGAUGAUACCUCAUCCGACUCGACCGAUCUUGAGCUGGAUGAUUUUAACUUCGACUUUGAGAAGUAUUGGGAAGAGCUGGAGAAACCGUCACCCACGUCACCGAGCGAACUGGAGGAGCGCAAGAGUGCGGGUCGGAGUGCGAUGGCCGGUGGGUCGGCCGCACCCGCCAAAAAGGUGAAGAACGUUAAUCUCAACCGGUGCUACAACAACGGUACGGUCAUCGAUAUCUACCACGAUGAUGAUCCGUACCAUCGGGACCACUAUCACUACCGGGAAGGUGGUAUCGGGAAGGCGAACAAUCACAACCACAGCCACCGACAUCGCGCCAAUGCGGCGGGGAGAGGUAAAGGCUCUAGACACAAGGUGUAUCCGGCGGAGCGUGAUAAGCGAUUGGCAGACGAUUCGGGACACCUUUCGGACAAGGGACCGAUGGCGGGCGGGCAUGAACCAACCGGUGGCAAAACGCUCGAUGCGGCGGGUAAUGCGAUAAGCGGCAAUAGUAAUGCGAUCAGCUUCCUUAAUAACAUUUUCUCGAUCUACAAACCGAACAAGUACUCGCCGCUCAACUGUCACGUUGAGCAGAACUAUCUGAAAAACAUUCCCGCUAAGAAGAUGAACAUUGUGGCGAGUUCGGCCAGCCGUCCGUUGGGUGCUGGUAAUGAUACCCGCCACACUGCAACUACCGGUGGUGAUCCAUCGUCGACCAAGCGUCCGCUGACGGUGCACCCGACGAAACCGUCCGUUGCAUCGAUAGCGACCGCAGCGAGACGUAAUGCGACCCGUCCACAAUCAACCAAGGACCCGCAGGCACGGUUCCAGAUCAUACCGGAGAAGACGGGCGUAAAGAUCUCGCCGCUGUAUCGGCUGGAUGCGCAGGACUAUCGGCGGGCACGCUAUAAACUGAAAAGCACCUCCAGGCCCCUGUCAUUCUGGUGAAAAUUGCUCGACUGUUCGUACUAUUCGGAUGGCCGGCUGGACGGAUUGCCCGUGGUGAAGAAGACGCGCCGACACACCAAGUAUCUCAAGUACUAGAAAACACACGUGUCCUUCACGAGGUCCCACUUUCUGUCACGUUCACAUCCACCGAUGAAGAAAAAAAGCAAACAAAACCAAAUGUUACAUCCUCACCAAAUCAACCAAAUCUGCUGUUGCUCACAUCCAUCUCUUUCCCUCACUCGCUUUGUCUCUCUUGACUUCCUUGAAGGAAAAAUUGCCCAAGAAAUUCAACUCCAACCAGCGAAUGCAAUGCAUCCAUUCGAUUGGGAACUACCGAAAGACCCAUACAUACCGCAGCGAUUCGUAAGCUCGUAAAACCCCCAAAACGGGAAGCAUAGCCGAAAGCGAUUGCCAUUUUACCACAAACCGUACCGCACGCCAAGCCAUCACAUCACACAUAUUGUUGUACAUCAGAUUCGGUGUCUUUCGAUGUUCUUUGUAUCAGUGUGUAUAUCAUUGUCAUUGUCCUUAGCACAGAUUGCAGAAGAAGAAAAAAACAGAAGGACAAACAAAAAGCCACAAAAAAAAAGAAGAAACCAACCAAAAACCAAAAAACCGUUUUCCCAACUCAUCUGUUCUCAUUCUCUGUGACACUCUGUGACCCUCAAAUCGCAUAAGAAAAAACAACAUAUAAAAUCGAUUUUGAUACAUUUUUCCUCCCUGUUGUUGGGUGGGAGUGGGAGAGUUUUUUAUAGCAAAAACGAAACAAACCAAAAAAUGGGGACAACGGCCACAGCUAAGAACCAACUAACAACAUUGCGACAUUCGUUACAUUCGGCUCAGACCGACGGUAAUAGCGAUCCUUAAAUCGAAGCGAAACUCGAUCACGAUCGAAACUCACCGCAAAAAGGAGGAUUCCCAUCCCCCUUCUCUCCCCCCCGGGAUACAACCCCCUUUGAUAUCAAAACGUUGCGCCACGAGUUAGAAAAAGCAAUGAAACACGAAAAUGGAAAAACAUUAUUUGGAGAACUUUAUCGCCCAAAAAAAAACAACAUCCCAAAAAGGGGGGGGGAAGAGGGGGAAGGGACAGGAGUAGAGAUCACCAUUUUAAAAUGGGUGUGCUGAUAUCAAAGUAUCUUUACAACAGCAAAAAGGCAAAACUCCAAAUUUACGUUUAUACAUGCAUUGUACACCAUUUGCAUUCUAGAACCGUUGGAAAGCUCCGCCACUGUUGUUAAAUAGAGUUCCGAAAGUUAUCUACAAAAAAGCACACACACACACACACACACGCACACAUGCAGGGUGGUUAACAAUAGUUCAUGAAUUCGUUCUUUCAGUGUAUUGUUGUAGCAUUGCGUGAUACAGAUCGAUUUUAAACAUUGUAACAAAGCGACAAACUGCUACAACAAUUGCAAACUCGAGACAAAAAAAAACACAAUACAAAUGAGCAAAGAGUGUGUGUGUGUGUGUUAGGAGCUGGAGGAGUAAUAUCUAUCAUUGUUACCUGUACAUACCCACACCAUUAACUAUGUUUCGUUAACAUAUUAGGAAAAAUUUUAAUACAACAAACAAACAAAACAAAAAAAAACUGGUUGAGCUUUUUCCCUCAUAUCCGUAGGAUCUUUCUAAAACAGAGUACUAAUGAACGUUUAUUCCACACACCACUUGCUAUGACAGCUACCGAACCUGAGUUCCGAUGGAAUCGUUAAAGCAUCCUGUACAUUAAAGACCCCAAAUAUAUGCUACCAUACUUGAACGAUAGUCAGCCAAAACAAACAAACAAAAAAAAGGCUGACCUCAAUGCGAUAGGCACAUUCAACACAUGGAACAAAACACGAAAUGCGAAAUAAUACACACAGCCACACACACACGAUACAUGCGGCCAUUUUUGCGCACAUUUCGACAUCCUCUACUGUAGGGAAACCAUUUCUUCGAACAAAAUAGUAACGCCACUAUUAUAGUAACACUUGAAUAUGCUCUCCAUAUGCGUCUAAAAUUUGCGCUUUUUUCGCAUUAAUUUACAUCCUAGAAUUUACGGUAGCAUGAGAAUUCUUACCCCCCAACGAAAAACGCAACGAUAAUUUUCGUACCGAGUUUUUUACAGAUGUACUUAGUUAGUGUAGAUCCGAGGUUAUAGUAGUUUCAACCUGGCUUCGAACGUUUCACUUAGCCACUUAGCGAAAGCUCCUUUUACCUUGCAAUGCCACAACUCACCCAUAAACACACACACGCACACAAUAGACGGAUAUUGUGAAAUGGCUUUCGAGCGUUGCAAUGCUACAUUCCAACAGCAUCUCAAAGCAAAACCUAUACAAAGUGUCCUGAUCCUGCCUCGUCCCUCCCCCAAGUACCAUCUCCGUGUAGGAUGAAAUGGUAGAUCUCUGACCCUUCCCAUGGCGGACUAUACCGUUUUCAAUAUCCGAAAACAUAGUGUUCCGACGCCUCCAACGGAGCCUUAUAUUGUGCUCUCUAUCUCUCUCUCUCUCUCUUUCUCCUACUCUUCCCUUUUGCCAAAACAAGCGACAACUUCCACUAUACUGGAACGAUAGAAAGGCAUUAACCAGCGGCCAGUGCAUGAUUGCCCGAAUACUACGAACGCGGUAGACAUCUUGACGUAACUUUCGGCAAUUACCGGCCCAUCAUCUCCCCCAUUGCGCUACCAAACAAAUGUUGCCAUCUACUUGCCGAGUUCCGGGAUGGGGUUUUUUUGGAGGAUGCAAUUUCCGGCGAUGGUGAUGGUUUGUAAUUGACGAAAGUUUGUCAGAUACAAUAGUGCAGCUAUUAUUUGUUCAGCAACAUUUUACACCCGGUACGAUUAAUCCCGGUGUAGGCAAGAGUUGUCUACGAUGCAUUGACUUCAUUUCUAGACAUUUCUAUUUUUUGGAAAAUGAAAUACAAAUACAUUGAUAAAUAUGAUAUACAUGGGGGGAUUUUUCUUCCGCAAAACUCUAACUUAGCACUUCACUUCAAUACUUGCUUUGCAAUAGCUCCAAAACAGGACAUUUUAAUUCUUGCUGAACAUCUAGCCUCGGUUUGUUUUUGGGACAGUAUUUUUUCACACAGUCACAAAACACAGUGAAGCUUGUUUUGUGACAGAUUACUAAUCACUAAUCACAGCGCAUUUAUGCAUGCAGAUAGAAUAGCAGCUCAGUAAAAAAAAAGCAACAUAAGUACAGCAUUUCAAAAGGAGCUUUCGAGCGUUUUCUUACCGAACUCUAGCUAGAACUAAUAAGUAACAAACUAAUAGCAAACAUGAACAUUUCACGAUACAUAGAACGAACGUAACGUAGGCACACCAGACGUCGUAGGAAAGUGUAGUGAAGACAACAACAAAAAAAAAGCAGUGAAACCAACCUUCCCCUUUGUAGAAGAUACCGAUAUCAUCACAUCAUCCAAUGUUUCUUCUCCAUCCACUCACCAACCACUCUAGACGCGUCGCAUUGUUUCCCCCCGGCCCCCCGGUUUGAUAGUAGAGAGCUUCCAGACUUUGACUUGAACUAUUGCCAGAAACGGAACUAACCGUUUCCGGGUGAAAUCUAUAGUUUUCCCACUUAGGAAUGUAUGUAGUGACGUACGUAGCAUUAUCGCACCUUCCUUCCUACUGUAGAUUGAAAACUGUUUUCACGUAGAUGUAACAAAUGUUUUAUGGAGCGUUCUCUAUUAACAUAGUGGCUACUAUAACCACAAAACAUUGAAGAAGAAAAAAAAAAUACUAACAAAACAAAACAAAACACAUUUUAUUUGUUAUCUAGCGAAUGAACGUUAUGCCGCAUUUCUUUCUUAUGGUGCAUCGUGUGUCAAGUCAACCCCGAGAUCGUGUCCACGUGUAUCGUGCACGUGCGUACUCGGAACGCUUGCAAAACGAUCGAUCGAUGUAGAAUGGAUGGAUACCCUUACUUCCCCCAAAAAGGCGAUCAUUACAAAAUUAGAUGUGUAAUGGUGGUGUUUUUCACAUUCUAUUUUUUCCCCUCACCCAGUAUUUUCGCCACCUUCUCUUCUCUUCCACUCUACACUGGGUAGGGUUACGGGACAGAAAGGCGAAUACUGGUCAGAAUACUGUCCCUGCUGGGUUUGAGGAGGAAAAAGUGAACCCUUAUGCAACACCAGACGCAUAUUGCCACAGAGCUUACAGAGUACUGUGUUUUAUCUGGUAGCAGCUGGCGGUGCAGCUCAAUUUUUAAUCAUGUACCGGCAAACUCUCCACUUAACUAUACGAGAACGUGCGAAUAGUAGAAGGCUAUUUUUGUGUAGAGGAAAAAGGCACCAACCCAAGCUACUAAUCAACGUUCACGAAAGACACACACACACACAGACAACACUGUAUGAAGGGUGAAAGCUAGUAGUAGUAUACACGCAUUACAAGAACAUCACUUGUCACCUGCACACUAUAAGAUGUCACUAGUAGUACACGCAAAACCCUCAACAAGAAAAAAAAAACGCUUCAUCUGUCAUCAUUGUCUAGCACAUCACACGUCCAUUUACGAGACGGCCCGAUAAGUGCAUGUAAUUAUGCGUGAGUGUUUUGAGAGUGCUGAAGACACGAUCGCCAUUGCUCGCCAUUCUUAUACAUGAAGCAAAACAGCUAUACCAAAUAAAUGUGAUGUAAACUAAGCGCUAGUAAAUCCUCACUCAUUGCGAUACUAUUUAUAUGCGUGUAUGUGUGUGUGUAUGUUGAAAAGACACACACACACACACACAUUCUCUGGGAAGGCAAGUAAGCGAUCGAAACGGUACCGAUAGCAUCGAACCAUCAACGUUUGAUCCUCCCCCUGGUGGGAAAUCUUAGUACUAGUUCAAACGAUUUGAACGAAGCGCUUGGCUUAGUGUUUGAUGUGUUACUACUGCGAGGAACAAGGUACCAUUUUAAAAAAGAAACAUGUUUUUUUUUCACACAAACAACAUCUCAAGAAGGCAGAAACACCAUUCUGUGUGUAUUAAAAAAAUUGUUACAUAUAGUUUUAAGCAAAUGUUUUAUGAUUGGUUUUUAACCCACACAGAACCGUAGUAGAGUUUCUAGACCGGAUCCAUCGCCACACCGGUUGACAUCCGGAAGUAUUUGUGCGUGAUAUCAAAAUGGUGAAGUAUAGCAUAAACUCUCUUUCUCUCUCUCUCUCUCUCCUACAUACAUAAACCCUUCACAUUUGCCUUAUGAGAGAAUGGCACAGCGCGUAUAAUCGGAUAUCCGUUUAGUGGAAACAUCCCCAUCUGUCAGUUAGCCAAAGUGUUUCUACAAACACACACACACACGUACAUACACUCUCGGUGAAAGAUUUGCGCGUUGGGCAGCCAGCCUCUGUCGUAAAGAAUUGUUGAAUGAACUUUGUUGAAUGAAUGAUUUAUGCUUCGUUUGUGGUUUGAUCCUUCUAAACAGAACAAAAAAAAACGUAUGUGAUAACUAAUGGUAGAGCUGAAAUGAUGUUGAUCAUGAUGAUGAUGAUGAUGAUGAUGAUUUUCCAAAGAUGUACCCUAGCGAUGCAAAAGUAGUACGUAAACCCGAUAGUCCUAUGUGCGAGUAAACUAACACAAAGAAAAUAGAACAAAAACACAUCAGCGAAGAUUGUAUUGCAUUUACUGUGUUAAGCAUAAGUGAUGUUUUACGUGCCCCAAGCAUUUAAACAGCUCUGGUGUUGUCCAGAGGCAAUUCGUUUUUUUGUUUUCGAUCGCUAAACCCAUUGCUGCUGGACCGAAGACUAGCUUUUGGGUGGUGAAAACAAAUGCAACGCUGUUAGUCGGUCGCAUAACCUAAUGAAUUGCACUGUGUUUAAAAACCAAGUAGUAUGUGGAACAAAACAAAACAAAAAAAAUGCAACAUUUUAAAUAUGAAACAAAACAUGCAACAAAACAUAAUGGUGUUACGAAUGUGUUAUGAUUGUGGUAGUAAUUGUUAGUAGAGAGCAAAAAAAAACCCCCAACUGAACAAGAGAAACAAAACAAAAAUCCCAUCAAAAUAUGCUUUAAACUGAUCACGAUCACAAACUAUCAUCCAAACAAACAAAUCGAUCAUACAAAUAAAUGGUAAAUGAACGGAAAUAAAGUCACAAACCGCGAUGGGGAAAAAACACACACACACGGUAACAAAACAUGGAAUAAAGCACACAAACAAUAAUAACGCAGCAGUUAGGAGAUAUGAAAUGGUGAACAGUGGACAAACCUUUCCUGUUUGCAAAUUCCGAACAAAACCAUGCUUGAUCAUCGUUUUUUUUUUUGGUAUUAUUUUUGCUUUACUACAACCACCUAAUGCCGAUUGGUUCCCCGUUUUCGAUCUUCCAACGUGGUGAUCAUUAAUAGAAGAGAGUAAAAACAAAUAUCAACAUACAACAAACUUUCAAGAUGCAACACAGAAAACUUUAAUGCCAAAAACGGCAUAAAACGAUCGUGAGGGGGAAAUUUUCAUUUUUUAGAACCAUUUACAAUUUGUGCGCAAGUGAUUGGAUAAAAAAGCAAACAAAAGAAAAACAUAGCAUGGAGUGGCUUUACUACUUGAUACUUGUUAUUACGAAGCAAAAGAAGAGGAAAAAACAAAACCAAAUCUCCCCCAGGUUUACAGCUGAACGAAAUGAAAGAUGAGAAGAAAACAAACAAACGAAAACAAAUGGAAACAAACCAGUUUUACGCAUAUAUAUGCAAGACUCCAUUCCUACGCCAUGUUUUAACGAGCAUUCAAACCGUUUUAGAGAUGCAAAAUAAAUACACUCCUACCGUGCACUCGUGAAACCAGUGAUACAAUAGAAACACGUGACUAAUGGGAACUAUUAUGAUGAAACUUUCAUCUUCAUUGAUCACAAACAAUCCAUUGAUCACAAACAAACACACCUACACACACACUCGCAGUCACCAGUCAUGCCGACGUCAUAUCACGAAAACAUAACUGAAAUAAAAUUCUUUUUUCACGCCUUUU